AUGAGGCCAGAUAGCUUUCUGUUGGUCGUAUGGGACAUCAUCUGUGGGAUGACGAUGUUGCACGAUAGUGUGAUGAUCCCCUUGCUGACGGCCUUUGACGUGCAACAUGGAUCAGGAAUUCUCUAUGGCUUCGCGUUGGUGAGCGCUGUGAUCUGGUGUUUAGAUAUGAACAUCUCCUUCUUUCGCGGCUUCAUCAACGCCCGGACAGGCUGGACAACGCGCGACUCCGUCAGAACGCUACCUCACCGGCUGGUUUUUGCCGGACGUGGCGCUGAUCUCGUUGGACAUGGUCUCCUUCUUCAGCACGGAAAGCAGCAACAUGGUGUCCUUCACCUUGUUUCGUCUCUUCCGAAACCUGCGGCUCUUGCGGCUGGUGCGGAUGGUGGGUCGCGCCGGCGUGCUGAAGGAGCAUUUGCAAACUUUCGAAAUCAUGGAGUGGGCAUCCGUCUAUGUGGAGACCACCCUGGGAAUGAUGAAGCACUUGGCCAUCAUCGCUUUGAUGUGCCACUUCUGCGGUUGUGCCUGGUACGCUUUGGGACGCACGGGACAGGAAUUGCCGGGACAGACCUCAUGGAUCACCGUGCACGCAGGAACCAGACACUUGAUGAGCUGGGCCUUCCCACCGAUCUCAUGUAUAUGUACAGCACUUCGCUCCAUUGGGCCUUGACGCAGUUCACCCCGGCGGCCAUGGAGGUCUCGGCCAGCAACGGUGUGGAGCGCCUCUUCACCGUCUGCGUCGUCCUCACAGGACUCAUUGCCUUCAGCUUCUUCUUGGGCUCGAUCAACCAAUCCUUGAGCCAAUUGAAAGCCCGCAGUGCCCAGGAAACCUUCCAGAACAUGCUGGUUCGCCGCUACAUCAGCGAGCGGCAGUUAUCCAUGGAACUGGCCGCUGACAUGUUGGCCUUCAUCCGGCAACGUGGACUGGGAAAAGCCAAGAGCAAAGUGGUCUUCAGCGAUAUCAAGGCCUUGGACAGCUUGCCACGAGAGUUGCUGGCGCACUUGCAGCACGAAGUGGGCCUUCCGAUCUUGGACACUCAUGCGAUGCUGAAGCAUUUGAGUGUGCUGGGCAGCAAGGAGAUGACUCGCUUGUGCGAGAAGGCCCUGAAGGAGUCCCGACGGAUCUACGGCGAACACUUGUUCGAAGCCGGCGGCGGCGGCGAAAAGAUGUACUUCAUCCUGUCCGGACGCUUUCACUACACCAGUGAGUUGCUGCUGGAUGUGACCCACGAAGUGUCCAAAGGGAUGCGCUGCAGUGAAGCCUCUCUUUGGCUCUCCUGGGAGCACCACGGAACGAUGACCUGUGCGGAUCACACCUCGUAUCUCUUUCAGCUGGACGGCGCCAACUUUCGGAAGAUCAUGGUGCGCUCCGACCAAGCUGAGCUGUGCGCAAUGUACGCGCGACUCUUUCACAAGGGCUUGAUGGAGGCGUCUGUAACUGAGGAGGACGCCAGCGACUUGUUCGGCAGCGACGAGGACGUCGCGCAGAUCAUGACGCCCAUCCGCGCGGUGAUCCGCACCAGCAACUUGAUGGCGGACUUUGGGCACUUCUCCGCUGUUUGGGCUUUCCAAGUCUGGAAGGAAUGGCUUCAGGACAAGAAAGAUGAACGACGGAGAUCCAAGAGAAACAGUUUUAAUUUUUGCGGCCGCAGAGAGGCGUCCUAA